CUCUCUCUCUCGCGUGCACCGCCGCACUGAUGCUCGCGUCCUUAAUAUCAAGAGCAUCUCCUGCCGGCUGCUGCUGCUGCUCGUGCUACUAGCCUAUACAGCACCAUCCAUGGGUACCGCCACGUUUUGAUGCACAUGACGGGCCGCUGCACCUGACGUCCGUCGCUCACGACAGAUCGCCAUCGUCGUCCACGCCAGUGAGGACUGAUCGUCGAUCAGCGGCUGGCUUCCUUGACUCAGCGAUGCGAGCUUAAAGGAAUAGGAGCGAAGUGCAUGUCUUCGCCGUUCGCCCGCUGCUGCUGCCGCUCCAUUGAUAACCGUCUUCUCAUCGAUUCAACCGAACGCCUUCUGUGUUGGUGGAUUAAACAACCCCACGAUUGAUAGCGACGCUGCAGGGUGUCUGGCGAGAUGGCCAAUGCCUCCCCAGAUCUGGACAACGCCGAAGCCCAGCGCCAACUCAACAACAACAACCGACCAAUCAGCUCGGGGCUCUGGGACACGGAAUGCACGAGCUCCAAGCUGUUUGAGUGCUCCCGCAUCAGGGCUCUGGCGGACGAGCGGGAUGCGGUCCAGAAGAAGACCUUCACCAAGUGGGUCAACUCCCACCUGUCCCGGGUGUCCUGCCGCAUCGCAGACCUGUACAACGACCUGCGCGAUGGCUACAUGCUCACCAGGCUGCUGGAGGUCCUCAGUGGAGAGCUGCUGCCGCGACCCACGCGAGGCCGCAUGCGGAUCCACUGCCUGGAGAACGUGGACAAGGCGCUCCAGUUCCUCAAGGAGCAGCGGGUCCACCUGGAGAACGUGGGAUCCCACGACAUCGUCGACGGCAACCACCGCCUCACGCUGGGCCUCAUCUGGACCAUCAUCCUCCGCUUCCAGAUCCAGGUGAUCAAGAUCGAGACGGAGGACAACAGAGAGACGCGUUCUGCCAAGGAUGCCCUGCUGCUGUGGUGCCAGAUGAAGACGGCAGGGUAUUCUGAGGUGAACAUCCAGAACUUUACCACCUGCUGGAGAGAUGGCCUGGCCUUCAACGCCCUCAUUCACAGACACAGACCGGACUUGAUAGAGUUCAACAAGCUGACGCGCUCCAAUGCCACUCACAACCUCCAACAAGCCUUUAAUAUCGCAGAGCAGAGCCUGGGACUCACCAAGCUCCUGGACCCCGAAGAUGUGAACACAGAGAACCCUGAUGAGAAAUCCAUCAUCACCUACGUGGUCUCCUACUACCACUACUUCUCCAAGAUGAAGGCCCUCAUUGUGGAGGGCAAGAGGGUUGGCAAGGUCCUUGAGAACUGCGUAGAGGCGGAGAAGAUCGUGAACCGCUACGAGGGGCUGGCCUCGGACCUGCUGGACUGGAUCGAGAAGACCAUCGCCGUCAUCAGCAACCAGAAGUUUGCCAACUCCCUGACGGGCGUACAGCAGCAGCUGCAGGCCUUCACCACCUACUGCACCAUCGAAAAGCCCAUCAAGUUUCAGGAGAAGGGGAACCUAGAGGUCCUGCUCUUCACCAUUCAGAGCAAACUGAGGGCCAACAAUCAGAAGCCAUACGUUCCUCACGAUGGAAAACUAAUUUCCGACAUCAAUAAGGCGUGGGAGAGGCUGGAGAAGGCGGAGCAUGAGAGGGGCGUGGCCCUGCGCAAGGAGCUGAUUCGCCAGGAGAAGCUGGAGCUGUUAGCGCAGAGGUUCGACCACAAGACCACCAUGAGGCAGGCGUGGCUCAACGAGAACCAGAGGCUGGUCUCACAGGACAACUUUGGCUACGACCUGCCGGCGGUGGAGGCGGCCAUGAAGAAGCACGAGGCCAUCGAGGCGGACAUCGCCUCGUACGAGGACCGCAUCGGCGUGGUGGUGGAGCUGGCCGGGGAGAUGGAGGCCGAGGGCUACUACGACAUCCGCCGCAUCCUGGCGCGCAAGGAGAACAUCUUGGGCCAGUGGGGCCUCCUGAAGGAGCUGGUGGUGGGCCGCAAGGCCCGGCUGGAGCAGAACCUGGCCCUGCAGAAGACCUUCCAGGACAUGGUGUACAUGAUCGACUGGAUGGAGGACACCCAGGCCCAGCUGCUGUCCCAGGACUUUGGGAAGCACCUGUUGGAGGUGGACGACCUGCUGCAGACCCACAGCCUGCAGGAGGCUGACAUCAGCGUGCAGGCGGAGCGGGUGGAGACGCUCAACUCUGCCGCCCUCAAGUUCACCACCCUGGAAGGUUACCAGCCGUGCGACCCCCAGGUGAUCUGUAACCGGGUCAACCACGUGUCCACCUGUCUGGAGGAGCUGAAGCAGCUGGCGGACAAGAGGCAUGAGGACCUGGAGGAGUCCAGGCAGCUCUGGGCCUUCUUCCAGGAGCUGGAGGAGUCGGCCGUGUGGAUCCGGGAGAAGAGCUCCAUCCUGGGGGCUCAGGGCUACGGGAAGGACGUCACCAGCGUCCUCAAGCUGCUGCAGAAACACAAGACCCUGGCUGGGGAGCUGCUGGCCCACCGCUCCCUGCUGCAGAACACCAUCAAGCGGGGCAAGCAGAUCCUGAGCGAGCAGAGCUUCGGCGCGGCGGGCAUCCAGGACCACAUCCUGGAGGUGAAGGCGGACUGGAAGAACCUGGAGGACCAGGCCGCGCUGCGCCUUCACCACCUGCAGGAGGCGCUCAACGCCUCGCAGUUCUCCACCGAGACGGACGACCUGCUGGCCUGGCUGCAGGACGCCUACCGCCUGGUGUCCAGCGAGGACUUCGGCCACGACGAGUACUCCACGCGCUCGCUGCUCAAGAAGCACCGCGACGUCAGCGACGCCGUGGACAAGCACCGCUCGCACGUGGUGGCGCUGCGGCAGCACCUGGGGGCGCUGCCCACGCAGUACCGCGACCAGGAGGAGAUCCAGGUGCGCAUGGGCGAGGCGGAGCAGCUGUACACGGAGGUGGUGGAGGUGGCGGUGCUGCGGCAGCAGUGGCUGCACGACGCACUGGCCGUCUACCGCAUGUUCAGCGAGGUCAACGCCUGCGAGCUGUGGAUCGACGAGAAGGAGCAGUGGCUGGACAAGAUGGAGGUGCCCGAGAGGCUGGAGGACGUGGAGGUGGUGGCGCACAGGUUUGAGAGCCUGGACCAGGAGAUGAACAGCCUGAUGGGGAGGAUCCUGGACGUCAACCAGAUCGUCCAGCAGCUCCUGGACGGAGGACACCCGUCCUCUACGGAGGUCCGAGGCUGCCAGGACCACCUCAACUCCAGGUGGAACCAGAUCGUGGAGCUGGUGGAGCAGAGGAAGGACCACCUGGACUCUGUGCUGCGGCUCCAGAACUACCUGCUGGAGUGCACCGAGAUCAAGUCCCAGAUCCAGGACAAGCGGAAGGCCAUCGACGCCACGCAGUACGCGGGCAGCGACCUGGGGGGGGUCCUGGCGCUGCAGAGACGCCUCUCCACCAUGGAGGGGGCGCUGUCCGUCCUGGAGCCCAAACUGAUGCACCUGCAGGAGGAGGCGGAGCACCUGGCCUCGGCCCAGCCGGCCCGGGCCAUGGAGGUGCUGGUCCCCUUCGAGGGCAUCAGCGUGGAGUGGGAGGAGCUGAAGCGCACGCUGCAGGGCUGUGAGGACUCGCUGAUGGUGGCGGGCCGGCUGCAGAGCUUCAUACAGGACCUGGACUCGUUCCUGACCUGGCUGGUCCAGACCCAGACGUCUGCGGCCUCCGACCAGCUCCCCAACACUCUGGAGGAGGCUGAGAAGCUCAUCAACAAACACGCUGCGCUCAAGGAAGAGAUCGGACGGUACGAGGAGGACUACGAGCGGCUGCAGGCGGUGAACGAGCUCCUGGAGACGGAGGAGGCCCCGCUGCCCCACGCCGCCCUGCAGCAGUGGCUGCAGAAGCUGGACGUGGGCUGGAACAAGCUGCUGGAGAUGUGGGAGAGCCGGAGGGAGGUUCUGGUGCAGGCCCACAUCUUCCACCUCUUCCUCCGGGACGUCAAGCAGGCCGAGUCCUUCCUCAACAACCAGGAGUCUGCCCUGGCGCUGGUGGAGGUGCCCACCACAGUGGAGACGGUGGAGGCGGCCCUGAGGAAGCACAAGGACUUCACCACCACCAUGGAGCUCAACCUGCACCGCAUCAAGGCCGUGAUCGAGGCGGGCGAGAGCCUCAUCAGCCAGAACAACAUCUACUCCGACCGCAUCCGCCAAAGGGUUGACGCCCUGGCCAGCAGGGGGAACCAGAACCGGGACCUGGCCCAGCAGUGGCUGGAGAAGCUCAACGUGCAGUGGGUGCUCCAGAGGUUCCACCAGGACUGUCACGAG